CUCUCCCUCCAAGUCCCGCUGAGCCUCCCGCGUGAACAACAAUGAGCGGCAAGAGCGGGGCCCCUCCCCAUCUACCAGCGCCUGUCGUGAUGGUACGCCUCCCUUUCUGGCAAUUCCAAAGCGUUGGAUGGACGCAUGUGAAUGAACGUUCGUUGGCAGGGCAUCGGGCCGGCACUGGCACCGGCCGUCAUAGGGCACCCGGUGAGGAUGGCGCCCUACUCACCACGAGAUGGGUCGCCACCGUACGAAGGCACGCCCAGUCGCUGGCACUUUCAAUGGAGUGACGGCGUGUUCGGUAACCGUGCAGCAGCGUCGAGUCAUACGCACGGGAUGGCAUACAUGUGAUGUGUGUGUCUCUCUUGCCCUCUUCAGACUGCUUCACGGACUUCUUCUCGUGCAUCUUGGGCUGCAUCUUCUAUCCCUCGCUGGCGGGCUUCAAGGCAUGGGCCUUGGACAAGAUCGACAUUCUGCCGUUGAAAAAGGGUCUGCUCAUCUUCCUCGGCCUGGCAAUCACCGCACUCACCUGUAGGGACAGAUUCCGCCACGCUCGGCAUGUCUGUUCUCAUCUAUCUCGUUUGUCUCUUGUGUGGGCAUGGGUGCAGUUGAGCUGACGAUUCACAUAUUAGCCCUGGGCCACAACUGGCAUCGACACGUCACGGACGUCUGGAUCCUUCAAUUCUUCUUUGCGGGCGUGUGGGUGCUGGUGAGCUCACCAUUCUGGCGCGUAACAGUGAUCCAUCCAUCCAUCUCUGUGCGCCAGUUUUUCUUUCUCAACCUGAAAUACCGCUCGAGAAUCCGACAGUACAGUCAGGGAGAAACACGGCAGACGCCACGAGGGCUAUACACAUUGCCGUGCAUUCCUUCGUUGUGUGUGUGAAGGCAUUACAUGAUUGAGCCCACUGACGCGUGCGACGACGGCUGUCUUGUCUUCUUCUGCCUGGGAUGCGCUGUCUGCCAAGUGGGGACCUGAGAGACACACAUAUAUUGCACCACGCACACUCAUUGUUCUUAUCGCACUUUUGCAUUCGUGUCUCUUGUUGCUUUGCCCGUCAAUUUUGACAGGAGUACAGGCACGUGGCGAGGGCCACUGGGGUGCUGAAGGACAUGCCCUUCCCCCAGCAGCCGACACCCCACUUCACCGCGGCAGCACACACCACUGCCCCUCCAGCCGUCGUCACCUACGAAGUGGAAGGGGCACAGCCGACCAAAGGCACACAGCCGUGGGUGUCGACUGGCGGCGCAGCUGCAGCGGCAGCAUCUCCAGCAGGGGGAGGUGGGUUUUCGAGCCCCUUUGAUCCCGGUAUGGCAAUAACCGUGACGGCACCACAGACGACGGGAGAGAAGGAGGGGGGCAAGUAUGCUGCUCCCCCCUCAUACACGUGAGAGCUCGAGAGUGCCUGUGGCUGUUAGUGUCGGCGAGAGAGAGCAGUUGAAUUGUGU